UUACAAUAAGUUGCACGACUCGUUUCUUCUGGAGCGAGGACAGGUAAUACGGGAAUCCUAUUGGUGAUGCCGCGCUGUUCCUCUAGCAGAUGUUCACCACCUCCCCUGCAGCCCCCACCAGGUGGCCACUGCUAUGUGAAUUGGUGCCGCUCAGUUUGGGAGGAAAUGAUGUGGUAAUGGUUUGUUAAUUACAACUCCAGACAUUUAGCAGAGGAGCAGCCAGGCCACUUCCUCCUAUAGGAGGGCUUAAUCAGACAAGUCUGCACCAUUCUCUCUGGGUGUGUUGAGCAAAAGUUUUAACAGCCAUUUUUGAAUGUAGUUUUCUAAAGUCAUUUCUUUAUGGAAAUAAGUGGGAACCUGAUUGCAAACUGCUGAUUAAAGCAUAAACGAUAAGCAAAUUUUACGGUCUGAAUUUGGAUAUAGACCGAGGUCCUUUGAGCCUUAAACUGGAAAGAGCCUCUUAUAUAAAUAAAAUGAUGGAUAUCCGAAACUUCAAAUAAAUGCAACGAGGUUUCGGCAAGAAGCGAGGAUCUUCGUGUAGCAAUCGCAGUAUUAACACAGGAAUAUUUCACUCUGAAAAGUUUUUAGACGUCCACUGGAAGAGUGUUUUGCUCUCAGAGACUUUAAUAAGGAAUACAGCAUAUUGCAGAAAGCAGCUUUUACUUAACCUGCCAUGCCUUCAUCCAUGGACCAGAGCAGGUGCACCAGAGAGUUCCACAGAUUUUUCCAGUAACUUCUAAGGCCUAAAUGCAGACUUCAUUACCUCAGUUAUACGAUGAUAGAUGGCGUUAUGAUCGUGCUUGUUGUCUUCAUCCUGGCUUUCCCUUCUUCUAGUAUGGAAGAUGAAGAACUGAAAGGCCCUUAUGAAUGUGUAUGUGAAGGAAUGUCGUGUGUGAACGGAGACCGAUGUUCUGGCCAGCAUUGUUUUGCCUCACUGAGUAUCAAUGAUGGUGUACGAGUCUACCAGAAAGGCUGCUUCCAGGUUUAUGAACAGGGAAAAAUGACCUGCAAAACCCCUCCCUCAGCUGAUCAAGCUGUUGACUGCUGUCAGGGCCACCUCUGUAACAUGAAUGUAACCGUGCAGCUACCAAUUAAAGGGCGAUCGCAGCAGGGAGAACCUCUGAAUUACAGUGUGCCGACACUUGCUAUUGCAGUCCUGGCUCCCGUAAUAGUGUUGAUGAUCCUUUCUGCAGUGGCUGUGUUGGUCUUUCGAAAAAUUCAACAACGCCAAUUGGAACGGUUGAAUGCUAGGGAUGCUGAAUAUGGAACAAUAGAGGGACUGAUUGCUUCCAAUGUGGGAGACAGCACUUUAGCAGACUUAUUGGACCAUUCAUGCACAUCAGGCAGUGGGUCUGGUCUACCAUUUCUUGUACAGAGGACAGUAGCUCGACAGAUUAAUCUUGCAGAGUGUGUCGGAAAAGGACGAUAUGGAGAAGUCUGGAGAGGACAGUGGCAAGGUGAAUGUGUUGCUGUCAAGAUUUUUUCAUCCCGAGAUGAAAAGUCGUGGUUCAGAGAAACUGAAAUCUACAACACUGUACUGCUAAGGCAUGAAAACAUUUUAGGUUUCAUUGCCUCAGACAUGACGUCCAGGAACUCCAGCACACAGCUCUGGCUAAUCACACAUUACCAUGAACUGGGGUCUCUUUAUGACUACUUACAACUCACCACUCUGGACACAGUGGGAUGCUUGCGCAUAGUUUUGUCCAUAUCAAGUGGUCUGUCUCACUUGCAUGUAGAGAUAUUUGGCACACAAGGAAAGCCUGCGAUCGCACAUCGAGACUUGAAGAGCAAGAAUGUCCUUGUUAAGAAGAACGGCCAGUGUUGCAUCGCAGACUUAGGUCUUGCUGUGGUACAUUCUCAAAGCACAAAUCAGUUAGAUGUGGGGAAUAACCCAAGGGUUGGAACCAAGCGAUAUAUGGCUCCAGAAGUCUUAGAUGAAACUAUCCCAGUGGACUGUUUUGACUCCUACAAAAGAGUGGACAUCUGGGCAUUUGGGCUGGUCCUUUGGGAAGUAGCUCAGAGAACUGUCAGCAAUGGGAUUGCAGAAGACUACAGGCCGCCAUUUCAUGAUGUAGUGCCAAGUGAUCCCAGCUUUGAAGACAUGAAGAAGGUUGUUUGUGUGGACCAGCAGCGGCCAAACAUUCCAAACAGAUGGUUCUCAGAUCCAACACUUACUUCCCUUGCCAAGCUGAUGAAAGAAUGCUGGUAUCAGAAUCCAUCUGCCAGACUGACAGCACUGCGCAUCAAAAAGACACUGACCAAAAUCGACAAUUCAUUAAAUAAACUGAAAAUGGACUGCUGAGCGGUCUUCCAUUUAGAAGAAAGCAGUUAUGACAGAUUUAAGUUAUUCUGAUCUGAGAACUGAGAUCAGUCAUCAGCUUUUUCAUAAAAGAAGUAAAACACAAUCUUGCUGUUGGUAGGUAGAAGAAGACUUUUGAGGGACGUAAAAAAAUUAAGUUUGUGAACCUUUAUCCAAAAACUGCUUGAAGACAUGCUUUGAAGGAGCUGAAGGCAAUCCAUUUAUUAGAAGAAAAUGUCUUUUGGGCAUUAAUCAGUGGCUUUUGGCAUUUAAGUCCCUUAUCUUCACUCCAGAAAUAACCAUUUUCAGCUUGUAUGCUAUGGUCAAAAAUGUUUUUGCACUAGCAAUCUAUGCAUUCCUUAGUUGCACUGUUUCUGUUACCCAAGGACACUUGCCAGUGUAAGCCUGAUUUACAUAUAUUGUGCUCAACCAUAGAAGCAGAAUCAUUUGAUAAGCUGAAGGCAUAACUGACAGCUUUAGAUGCAUAUUUAUACUUGUGCACUGAUGUUUACAGCAAUGUUGGAAAUUUAACUCUCGCUUUGAGGACUGUGCUUUGUAGGUCAUUGACAUGGUUUGUCAUCUUCAGUCACCAUUCUGCAAAAGUGUGGAAGAUCCUUUGUUUUGGGAAAUGUAUGUGCUUAUUAGGAUGAAGGUUGUGAUGCUAUGACCUGGGCAGAUAAGUUCGUCUCCGUUAUGAAAGCCAUUUUUUUGUCAUUUGUAAAGAUAAGCUUAUGAUCAUUAGUUUUGUCUGUGAAACUUCAUUUGUGUGUCUGAACAACAGACUGUGCAUCUGUUCAUCAGAAUACCAGUUAAGGUUCGUUUUACCAUUGGUUUUAUUGUCUUGGAGAGGGGCAAAACUUUAACAACUGCCACAACUGCCUUUUAUUUAGUCCUGCAACUCAGAUUUCCAAGGCAGAAGAAGUGUUUGGCCUUCUUGCAACUGAAAACAUGGCAGCCAUGAAGAGCUCCUUUUUAUAGAGACUGAUGGGGGUCUUUCAUGCAGGCCAAAUCAUAAGUCAGUGAAAUGUAACAGUGUAAAAGACCAGGUGCCUGGCUUAGCACUUCAAAAUUUAAAUAAUGUUGUACAGUAUCCCCCAUCCUUACAAGUGCUUAGCUUAUUCUUGGCAAAUGAGGGCUUAAGCCCACAUCUGUCUUGCACUGACAGUGGCAAGUUUAAUCCUGGCUCCAAGUAUGGUAGGUGUAUCCUAUGGUUCUUGCAUCAUCCAUUCUCCAGUAAACUGAAUGGAGGCCAUUAAUGGACCAGCCUUUUUCUUAGGGAAUGGUCUGUUGAGAUAUCGGACCAUGGACUGGCAGCACUUGAGAUUGGGGACUUUCCUGCAUGCUGGGAAUACCCCCCAAAUUGAGUCAGGCCAACAGUCCUGGUCAAGGAGGGCUGCCUUUGAGAGUUAUUUAGAGCCUGAAUGUGUGACACACAGACCAAACAUCAAGCAAAUCCAUGAUUUUUAGUGGCAGCUUGAAUCACAGGUGUAGGAUCAACCCUUAGGAGGUUGUCCAGUUUGAAGACAACAACACCAAAACUUGUGCAGGCCUCUUUCCAGCAUCCAUUGCUUUUGGCAGGUGCAUAAACCCUCCGACACCCUGGUCUUUCAACCUGAUGCAGUUUAGUCACAAACCUGCCAUUGUGAAAUAUGAUGUGCAAGCCCACUUUCAUCGGUGGGGGGGGGUGAGGCACAUAUCUCCCUGUCACUAGAGCUUCCACGAGGAGGCAGAGGAUAAUCAGACUGUUGCCUCAGAGAUGAACAGGAUAAUGAUUCAUUAUCUGUCUGUUCAUCUGAAUGACAUGUCCUUUGGAGAUGCCAUAAAGCUCUUGAGAAAUCAUCAAGAUUGGUCUUUGGCCCCUUUUUCAUUGUCUCAGAAAUGCUUUACAAAUGUUUUGGGGAAGAUGCCUGAAGAAUGUUGGAUUGUUUUCUUUGUGGGGUCAAGUUUUAAAUAUGAUGUCUGAGCAAGCAUGCAAGUACCCUUGCUGUUCUCUGCAGUCUUAAGAGGGUAGGUGUCCUUUGCAAGCCCCUUUCUGAGUAGAGCAGGUUUCUAAGCAUUGUGUGAUCUUUCCUCUCCUCCAUAAGUCCCAGAAACCACAACUCUGUCACCUGACAAGGGGUCUAAAACUUUGGACAGCUGUGGCAAGAAAGUCUUCUCUUCCAUAACCAGGCUUUAAUGCCUUCAACUAUUCAUCUCAUCUGUUUCCACUGACAAUACGACAUGUUGAGGAAGACUGUGUAAAAGUUUGAGGACCACUGGGAAUAUGGACUGGAGAAUGACUUUGCAGAUCCUCUGCCUGUGGCAUUUUCAGUGGGUUGUUGUGCAUCUUACUGCAGGAGAGAGGACCAUGGCCUCAGGCUAGUGUAGUGUGACUCAGAUUAUCCUCUCUGAAGGAAGCACACAAGAACAAGUAAUCAGUGGCUCGUUUACUGAGUGAGGUGCUUUUUAUUCAAUGUACUUGAGACCUUGUUGAAUACUUUCAGUAGGACAAGCAGAGUCUCACUUCUCUUCAUGAGCUUGCAUCAGCCUCUUCUUUUCACUUCUUCCUUUAUAAAGACUAGCACCCCCCUCCCAAAUAAAAUAACAAGGUCUCCUCAUCAUAUGAGGUUACAUAAUCUUGGCUGUCUCAACCACUAGUACUAGUGGCACCACCCAGGAGCAUGAUUACAGUGGUUAGACUUGCCACAGUCUUGACUCUGCUCUAGAACUGUUGUGGAUGGGAGUUCUGUAGGAUAGAUUGCAGGUCAGAGGUUCCAGAUUUGGACAUUUUCCACCAUAUUUUGGAGCACUCCAUUUCUCCCCCACAAUCUGAUUUCAGUAUCAGUGAUCUCAUGAUGUGUGGUCUUUUGGCUGUCCUUGGUGGUCACUAGGAUUUUGGCUGUCAUUGGUGGUCACUAGGAUUCAGCCCAGCUAAGGGCUAGUCAUGGAAAGUGUUCAGUGUUAGAGUGUCUUACUGUAUCUGUUGAUGUCUAAGAAGACCAUCCUUGAUUGGUAUUGACUUGCUCUGGCUGCAUCAUCAUACAGAUGGGUAUGUUAUACCCCAGCCUGCUGUUAGAAUUUCCUCAUUCAGGCAAAUAUAACAUUAUGCAUUAUUUGUUAGUGUUGGUGUCUGAACUUCACCUUUUUUUAUUUUGCACAAAAGUGCUCAGUAGUGGCAAAUGGGAAUGAACAGAUCAGCCCGAGGUCAUGGGUGGUUAUGUGCCUGAGAACAGAUCAGCCCAAGGUCAUGGGUGGUUGUGUGUCUGGGAACAGAUCAGCCCAUGGUCAUGGGCGGGUAUGUGUCUGGGAACAGAUCAGCCCAAGGUCAUGGCUGGUUAUGUGUCUGGGAACAGAUCUGACCAUGGUCAUUGGUGGUUAUGUGUCUGGGAACAGAUCAGCCCAAGGUCAUGGUGGUUAUGUCUGGGAACAGAUCAGCUUGAGGUCAUGGGUGGGUAUGUGUCUGGGAACAGAUUAGCCCAACGACAUGGGUGGUUAUGUCUGGGAACAGAUCAGCUUGAGGUUAUGUGUCUGGGAACAGAUCAGCUCAAGGUCAUGGAUGGUUAUGUGUCUGGGAACAGAUCAGCCCGAGAUCAUGGGUGGUUAUGUGUCUGGGAACAGAUCAGCCCAUGGUCAUGGGUGGUGUGUGUCUGGGAACCAUCAGCCCAAGGUCAUGGGUGGUUAUGUGUCUGGGAACAGAUCAGCCCAAGGUUAUGGGUGGUUGUGUCUGGUACAUUAUAUCACAGCAUGUAUUGGAAUGGACAUGUGGACAUCAUAAGCAUUGUUUUUAUGAGGUUUUUUUUUUUUUGUUUGCUGAAUGGUGAACAGUUAAGGACCCAUCCUGGAGGAUCCUCUUGUAGGUCCCUGAUAAGAACAUAUCUUUUAUGUUUGUCUUCUGCAACAAACAAAAUGCCUUACCAUUUAUUUAUUACUAAUGCACUGAACAGUUGCUCGUUACUGAAUAGUGCAGAGAUUUGAGCUAAUUGCUUUAUGGUCACUUUCUUGAAUACUUAAAAAAAAAUCUAUAUUUUUAAACAGUUAUUUUAAUGCUCAGAUUUCUGUAUAGAAAUAAAAAGAAACCACUAACAGUGUAUUUGUUACAUGUAUCUGGCGCUUCCCAGAUUUUUGUUCCUUUAAAUGUGCUGUUCUUUUGGCAGAAAUGCAAACUUUUUUUAUUAUUGCAUUGCAUCUAAUUUAUAGAGGAAACCUUUUGAGUAUUUUAUUAGUAUUUUGGUUAUGAAAACUGUGGAACUAAAUUGUCUUUAAAUCUAUAAAAUAUGUACAUUGUCAAUUCUUACUAGAAAAUGAAUUAUUUUAAUCUUCAUUUUAUAUUUAGCAGGUAUUUGUUUAAAUUAAACAGACUUUUUGCAAGUCAAA